AUGUUACUUGAGAAAGGAGCUGAUGUGAACCAGGGUGGAGAAUAUAGAUGUGCGCUUCAGGCAGCCUGUUUUGAAGGAUACGAUCAGAUUGCUCAGAAGCUCCUCUCGCAUGGAGCUAAUGUGAACGCCAAAUAUGGUUGGCAUGGAACUGCGCUCCAGGCUGCUUGCACUCGAGGGCACGACCCCAUUUUACAAAAGCUUCUUUCACAAGGAGCCGAUGUUAACGCCCAGGGUUGUUUUGGAAAUUCACUUCAAGCAGCUUGCGCAGCGGGACACGAUAAUAUUGUACAAAGGCUUCUGUCUCAAGGGGCUAAUGUGAACGCUCAGGGUGGUGAUUAUGGAGCUGCGUUCCGGGCUGCUUAUUUUCAAGGAUACGAGGGGAUUAUGCAGAUACUCCUUUCGCGAGGAGCAGAGGUGGAGGCCAACGGAGCUGAACUUUAG